AUGCCCAAGACGGUAUCCCAGGCUGAUCGCCGGCAAAAUCUCGACGCUCCCCUCGACCUGUUCCCCCUCAAGGGAAACGAAGCCCCAUCGAAUGAAGAACCAGCUGCGUUAUCAAAGGAGUCUACAACCAUAAAAGCUGAGCAGGUUACUGGAAACGAGCGUCCGGCGUUGAAGGAGCGCCAACCUACAGAACGCACAUCGUGGGAAAGAACUGGUUCGAGCGAAGAGCCUGCUACGCCAGCAAUCCUGCCCAAGCUGGUGACUAGGAAAGAAACGGAUGCAAGGCCUGUUUUGCGAGGCGCUACCCUGCACCUGAACGGCCUCGUGGUCUGGCGUCGAGCAGUAGCCCAGGAGUUCAAAAAUGAGCGGCAGAUCGGGAGACUGAGAGCUGAAUCGCGGGGACCCGUCACGAGCAGCCCCCUUAAACCCCGAGCCCCCCCAGCUGCCGACCCCUACGAUGAUGAAGAUGGUGAUGAUGAUGAUGAUGACGAGGACGAGGACAUGUCUGAUGACGUUCAAGAAGCUGCGGAGAGUGAGCUCGAUGAGGCACACGGACACAACGAGGAAAUUCCUAAACAGAGUGGAGAGCAAGUAUCAACUCUGGAGUCGUUGAAAAGAACAUUACAACAAUUACAGAAAGAGAACGAGCGACUACAAGCAGCCGUUGAUGACGAUAAUAAUUUGAACGAGGAGACCGUUUCUAUUCUACAGUCACUCCUCAAGGAUGAGGCUACCCGAAGCUUGGGAUACCCCGAUGAUGGCAGCGACAUGUCCUCUCACUUAACGUUGUUCGCACCUGGUAACCUACAACUGACUGCUCGAACGGAAACCAAAGUAAUCAAGGCCCGGACGAAGAUUAUCCACUUGCUAAUUCUCGAAGCACCGUCUCCAUGGCUUCCGGAUGCUUUUUCUUGCGCCUUCGAAGUGGUUGUUGAUGCCGAAAAUGCCCAAGUCGAACAUGUUGAGUUGAAGGAGGUAAUGAGCAGAGCACGCCGUACGAAGAAGACGAAAAUCGAGAUCUUCAAGUGGGUUAAUGAUCGUUUGGAAAAUCCUCUGCAUCGACUUGAUGUAGGUGGUCUGAUCUGGGGAAUAGGACGCUGGUUCAAUGCUGCAGUGGAACGUGCUCGAGUAUUCCAGUGGCUGGACAUCAAGUACAACCGGCCCUCGUCCGACGAGGGACAUCAGAACGAAGAUGAUCGAGACCAACAGUUGACUCGGGACAGAGCCAUUGAACUAGCACGAUACCUGGAUAUGACCCAGAAUGCGGCAGUCGACGCUGAAAUGACUGUUACCGCUGGCGGCAGGAACUUCCGAAAGAAAGUCAUGCUCUCGUGGACGAUUGAUCUCGACUGGGCAGGUGGAUCUGUUUCCUCAAUCCAGGUUUCUGUCAGUGGAGUUCCGCAGAAAGCAGAGCCUGGAUUGAGGACAAUCUUCUCCAGCUUGAUCCCAACUUUGGGCGUCAAGGGAGCAUUUGAGAACAUUUGGACGCUGAUCCACGGCGACAGUGAUGAGUUCAAAUAUGUUAGCGCGUUGAAGGGCAAGAAAAAGGGAUGA